CCUCUGCCUGCCCUUUUGUGCCAAGUUCCACUGUGCCACAGGUUUAUGCCAGGAGCCGUGAAAGAGAGGAAUGAGAAGUGAUGUAAGAUGGAGGCAAUGCUAAAAACUUUGGAUGAACUUAAAGAAGAAGAGCUGCGCAGAUUUCAGUGGUUUCUAUCCACAGACAUUCCAAGGAGUAAUCUGGAGAAUGCUAAUCGACAUGACACCGUGGCCAAAAUGGUGAACCGUUAUGGUGAGGAUGAAGCUGGGGAAGUCAUGCUGAACAUCCUGAAGAAGAUGAACCACAACACUUUGGCUAAGCAGCUGAAAAGCAUGCUUCAAAAUGCUCAAAGAAGACUUGAAGAAGAAUCACCUAUUGUUCCAGCACCAUUGUCUUCUCUUCCCCCAUCUUUUCAGACUAAUAAGACCUCACCUACUUCCAUCUCAGGUCUGCAGGUGCCAGUGAACUGGUAUAAAAGGCGGCGGCUGGGCCGUGGAGCCUUUGGUGAGGUUUACCUCUGCUAUGACACUGACACAGGCCGAGAGUUUGCUGUUAAACAGGUGACCUUUGACCCUGACUGUCAGGAGACCAGCAAGGUAGUGAAAGCACUUGAACAUGAGAUAGAGAUUCUUCAGGCAGUCAAUCACAAGUGCAUCAUCCAGUACUACGGCUUCCUGUGCAACCCCACCCAGAGGACGCUGUCCAUCUUUAUGGAGUUCAUGCCAGGGGGCUCAAUUAAAGCACAACUAAAUGUGCAUGGUGCUCUGCCAGAAAAUAAGACACGCAGAUACACCAGACAGAUCCUGGAGGGAGUUGUCUAUCUCCACAGCAAAAUGAUCAUCCAUCGAGAUAUCAAAGGUGCUAACAUUCUAAUGGACUCUUCUGGAAACGUGAAGCUGGGAGACUUUGGCACCAGCAGAUUUAUUCAGACCACCACCAAGUCAGGCACAGGCAUGAAAUCAUUCACUGGCACCCUCUACUGGAUGAGUCCUGAGAUGAUCACUGGAAAAAGUUACGGGCGCAAAGCUGACGUCUGGAGUGUCGCCUGCACGGUAGUGGAGAUGCUCACUCAGAAGCCGCCGUGGCAUGAAUACGAAGUCUUUGCAGCCAUUUUAAAAAUUGGCUCUGAGCCCACAAAACCCAACCUGCCUGAGGGUGUAUCGGACGAAUGCAGGGAUUUCCUAUGCCAGGUCUUCGUGGAGGAGAAAUUGCGUCCCACUGCAGAGAUACUGCUCACCCACCCAUUCAUCCAGGAUGGCUUCUGAUUUGCUCCAGAACCUGAAAUGCCUGGAGACCUCCCUGUGCCUUCCCGUUAAUGAUCACUACCUAAGGAAAGUUUAGAUGUUCAGUAAGGACAGGCCCUUUGAUGGCUGUGCAGGUCUAUGGUAUCAUGGCAAUCUCUAUCGCAGUUUGGACACAGGAAAGAUUGAUUGAUUGAUUGAUUGAUUGAUUGAUUGAUUGAUUGAUUGAUUACUUUAUUCUGAACAAUAAAGAAGAAAGAUAUAAAAAUAAAAAUUUAAAUAAAAAAUGCAAUAAUCAAAACAUCGUCAUAAACAAACAGAAUAGCGUAGCCACAAGGCAAUAACAUAACAAUGUUCAGAAAGGAUUAGGAAGAAGUAAUAACUUAUCCAAUCCUAACCCUCUAUACCACCGCUAAUCAAAUGUCACUUUCCACCAUAAUAAACUAUAUAUACAAAAGAAAACAAAAGCAAUAAACAAAAAAGAAAACAUACCAAAACAUACCGACAUGGUAUAAUAUCGACCAAAUCAUAUAUACAGAUACUUAUGUUAUGCAUAUAUACACACAUACAAUACAUAUAUACAGUACAUACAUAUACACAUACCUAUAACUAUACACUAAAUACAAGAAGACCAGUCACAGACUUACUCUCAAUUUCAUCAUCACCUAUAUAGUCUGCCUGUCCUCAUUCUCAUAUAUUUUUAUUAACAUGUUUUUAUAUAAUUUUUUAAACAGUUUUAUGUUGGUGCUAUUUUUGAGUUCAUUUUCCAGACCAUUCCACAAUUUCACAAGAUGUCGUCACUGGUGCAGUUGCCCUGUUUUUUCUUCUUUCUCGGCAUUCCUGGGUGUUGGUAGCACAUCGUUCCUCUAGCACAGCCACUCCUGAUGACAGUUUAGCCUUCCAGGACAGCUUUCUAGAAACCUAGCUAGGUUAGCUUCGUAGUUAUUUUCUAGGUGGCAUUAUACCCAACAUAUGUAAAGUUUUUUCUUUCCUUUCCUUUUUGUAAUUUUCGUGUGUGGUAUGAAAUAAACUAUUGUAUUGUACACUCAAA